GGUUGUCUUUUCAUUUUGUUUAUGGUUUCCUUUGAGGUGCAAAAGCUUUUAAGUUUGAUUAGGUCCCAUUUGUUCAUUUUUGCUUUUAUUUCUAUUGCCUUGGGAGACUGACCUGAGAAAAUACUGGUACGAUUUAUGUCAGACUGCUUUGCAUACAUUCCCUUCUAGGUGUUUGAUGAUGUCCUGUCUUACAUUUAAGUGUUUAAGCGACUUUGAGUUUAUUUUUGUGUGUGGUGUGAGAGUGUUCUAACUUCAUUGAUUUACAUGUGCCUGUUCAGCUUGCCCAACACUAGGGACAGUCUCAAUGCUCAGAAUAUGGGGCCCUGGCAGCCUUGCGUCCGCAAGAGUUGAGUGCUAAGGCAGCAAGUUUUCUGGGGAGUUCAGCCAGGAGGGGGCUGAGAGCCCAGGAUCUGAGUCUUCUCAUGGGAGGUGGCAAAACUCCAGAGGCUGCAACUCAACACUACAUGCUCAGCUGAACCACUUCCACUUAGGAGCACAUCCUGUCCCGUCUGAACCCCACACAGACAUCUAACCCCUAAGCUGAGGCAGGCAUGCCCUGGAGAUAUCCCUGACAGGUCCCAGAGCACCCACAAGGGACAGAAGAGGAGUGGGGCUCAUCCGCUCCUCCCCUGGGAAUGCCAGACCUGCUCUGGGACUCUGUUCCCAUCUGAUAACAGGCCUGCAAGAUGUUCCCUGGAAGAGCCUGGCCACCUCUGCAGGUCAGACUGCUGACCUCAAGUUUAUGGGUACACGCACAUGCAAGUGUGCACACAUACAGGCAGACACGUGCAUAAAUGUACGUGCACACAGGCAAAUCCACACACACGCAUUUCACCUGUGCAUGCACUUAUACAUUCACACACAUGCAACAUUAACCCACAUAAGCAUAGCAAAGUACACAUAUAAACAUGCACAUGAGAAGUGCACAAAAGCAUCCAUGCACACACACACAUGGUACACAAACAAGCAAGCAUAGACAUACACUUGUACUCAUGAAAGCACAGGCACAUGUUUACACGCAAGUAUACACAGACAAACAUAUGUCAUUGUCUUGCUUGACACCAGUACAGGAUACAUGCACACCCACCCAAGUCUGUUGGAAUCAUGGAGGCAGGUAGAGGCCUCACCCAGGUUGGAUCCAGCCCUUGGUACAGGGCAAAUGCAAUGUCCACCUUUCCUUCUUGACUCCCUAUUAAGCAUGGAACCCUGGCCUAGAGUCACCGGCCCUUCUCAACCACCUCCUGCCGUGUGAUCCUCUGAGCCUCCACUUCCUCAUCGGUGCAGUGAUGUGGUGCAUCUGCCAGGCUGGUGUGAGCUCGGCAAGGAGCAGUGCUGAGCCCAGUACUAGGCAGUGGGCAGGUGCUCCUUGCAGGCUUAUCCUUCUCCUCUCUGCUCCCAGGCCCACCCCUCAUUACCCCCACCCCCAGAACUGAGGCCCUCUCUUCCCCUUUUUGAGCCUGAACCCCGCAGAACUUGUACCCCUGCUUUGGAGCAGGGGCUGGACUAGGACUCCAGGGUCUCUUCCAGAGGGUUUGGGGAGCGGCAAAUAGUGGGGUGCAGAGUCAGCAGGUGAGGGAUUGGGGCCAUGCCAGCCUGAUUAGGAGGGCUGGGGGCUGAGCUGGAUUCACCUGUCCUUGUCUCUGAUUGGCUCUUAGAUACCAACAACCCCCAAAUCCUACUAAGCAGCCCCACCAGGCCCUGCACAGAUCUGUAGACAGCCAUUGGAUUUCCAGUUCUGGGGUCAGAAGGGUGUCCGGGGAGGCCAGAGGCUAGCCUGAGCCUGGCUCUGGGGAACCCCUCCAUCCGGAAGAACCAACUCACGGCCCUCCUCCUUCACCUCCUGCCAGGACCAUGGGGGCUGGGGCCAGCGCUGAGGAGAAGCACUCAAGGGAGCUGGAAAAGAAGCUGAAAGAAGAUGCUGAGAAAGAUGCUCGAACCGUGAAACUGCUGCUUCUGGGUGCAGGUGAAUCCGGGAAGAGUACCAUUGUCAAGCAGAUGAAGAUUAUCCACCAGGACGGGUACUCACUGGAAGAGUGUCUUGAAUUCAUUGCCAUCAUCUAUGGCAACACGCUACAGUCCAUCCUGGCCAUCGUGCGCGCCAUGACCACGCUCAACAUCCAGUACGGAGACUCUGCGCGCCAGGACGACGCCCGGAAGCUGAUGCACAUGGCAGACACCAUCGAGGAGGGUACGAUGCCCAAGGAGAUGUCAGACAUCAUCCAGCGGCUGUGGAAGGACUCCGGUAUCCAGGCCUGUUUCGACCGAGCCUCAGAGUACCAGCUCAACGACUCUGCUGGCUACUAUCUCUCAGACCUGGAGCGCCUGGUAACCCCAGGCUACGUGCCCACUGAACAGGAUGUGCUGCGCUCCCGUGUCAAGACCACGGGUAUCAUUGAGACGCAGUUCUCCUUCAAGGACCUCAACUUUCGGAUGUUCGAUGUGGGCGGGCAGCGCUCAGAGCGCAAGAAGUGGAUCCACUGCUUCGAGGGGGUGACCUGCAUCAUCUUCAUCGCGGCGCUGAGCGCCUACGACAUGGUGCUGGUGGAAGACGACGAAGUGAACCGCAUGCACGAGAGCCUGCACCUGUUCAACAGUAUCUGCAACCACCGCUACUUCGCCACCACGUCCAUCGUGCUCUUCCUCAACAAGAAGGACGUCUUCUCGGAGAAGAUCAAAAAGGCGCACCUUAGCAUCUGCUUUCCGGACUACAACGGGCCCAACACGUAUGAGGACGCCGGCAAUUACAUCAAGGUGCAAUUCCUUGAGCUCAACAUGCGACGCGACGUGAAGGAGAUCUAUUCCCACAUGACAUGCGCCACCGACACGCAGAACGUCAAGUUUGUCUUCGACGCUGUCACCGACAUCAUCAUCAAGGAGAACCUCAAAGACUGCGGGCUCUUCUGAGGUGGCUCCCCUGCGGGCCGGGAUGCUCCUCUGUCUUGCCUCUUGAUCUCAGUACACCCCAGGGGCCUCAUCCCCAGCUCCCCAUCCCAUCUGCAGGCCCCUCCCCAGCUUUCCAGAUCCACUCCACUGCCUGGCGUCUGGUCCCCGGACUUUCUGACCCUUCCGCUUCCGGGUCCCACUCUAGCUCCUCAGGCUCCACCCCUACGGCCAUAGGCCCCGCCCCUGGCUCACAAGCCCCACCCACUAGCUCUCUUUUGACUCCGCCCCAGUCACUCAGCUAGGGCACUGCUUCCACGCCCAUCUCCAUAUGACUCCAUCUGUUAUGGAUGCUGACUCUGUUCCUUCUCUUCACAGGUGCCUGAGCUCAUGCGUCCCUGAGACCCUGCAGCCCUUGACACCUUGUAGCCCCAAUGCACAUGACCCUAUCAGUCCCCCAGGACUCCUGGGCUCCAGCCUGUGGCCCCACCAGCCACACACUCAAAGCCCUAAACCCUGCUAGCCUUGAGGCCCUAUAACCCUCCCUCGUGGCUCCCAGGAUUCCCAGGUCUCCGAGAGUCCAAUGCCCCCAGCCACCCCAGCACUGCCCUUCACGGCCUGGCUGCACUGGCCUCCCAGACCUACCACAGCCAGCUCCAGCUAGGAGCAAGCAGGACUUGGGGCAGCUACAGCUCACGGUGACUCAGCAGUACCUCUACUGACCAAUCUCCUGCCUCUCUUCUGCCCCAGGAGGCCCAUUACUCACCUGGUGAGUCUGGGUUCAGCAAACAGCCCUCCCUCCCAGAGCUUUAUGAAGGGCAGGGGGCAGGCAUGGAGCCCUCCUCUGAGCAAGCCUUCUGCUUACCAUCAGCCCAUUCUAGCCUUACCACCUCCAUGUGACAGGGUCUGAUGCCCAUCUGCCCAGUGGCCAGUGACUGCCCUGCCCAGCAGAUUCAGGAGUCCAAAGUUCAAGCCAGCUCUGGCCUGUGCAGCUUGUAUGGAGACGACUUAGUGAGUCAGGGCAAGCCUGGGGGCUCCUGGUAGCAGGAAGAGACUCAAGCUGGAAACUUCCCGUACCCUAACCCCUCCCCCCGGAGGCUCUGCCCACACUGUCCUUGGACACCAGAGUCAUGUCCUACUCCCCUCCAGCCCACGGCACUCUAGGUCAGCCACUCUGUCGAGGGAGGGUACUGUUGACACCAGUUGUGGCCAAUGGUCACACUGUCCUGAGGGGUGGCUGGGAGCAGAGUCCAGGUCCCAUCGAUCAGCCCCAGGCAGAGGAUUUGAGACCGGAAGGAAGCCCAGAUUGUGCCCAGAGGGGUCUGCCUCAGGUAGGGUCAAAAGCAAAUCCAUGUGACCCCCUUGUCCCUGCCAGCAGCUUUUCUCACCCUUCCCAUCAGGGCCCUGGUAGGAAAAAAAAAAGUCAUGCCUGAACCAUCAGGGACAAAAGCCCAUGUCCCCUUACUCCUGCUCCCCACUUCCUCAUCAAGUACCUGGUCCUUGCUGAUGCCCAUGGGCCGUAGCCCGUGCUGUAGUCAAGGGCAAAGAACAUCCGUCUAACAAGUCCAGGGCAUAAUUUGCACUCCCUUCAGCUAGAUACACAAACUUAGCAAUAAACCUUUGCGUCAG